AGUGACCACUCAAUCUUGUGUUUUUGUUUUGUUGACUGCACUUGAAAUUAAAUCCGUGAGUGGCAACCUUAGACGAGCAGAAUGUGAUUUCUGCAGUAUGUGUGGCUACAAAACGUUUGUCAUGGAGAGCCGUGGCAUCGAAGCGAAGCAGGCUGAAUGAUGGACAUGCGCGUUUCCAGCAACGCCACGGCAGCUGACAUCGACAGCAAGCCGGAUCUGUUGUUUCUCGCAUUCAAAUGCGCGAUCUUGAUUCUGACUUUAGCCGUGGGCUUGCCCGGCAACGCGUGGGUGUGCUGGGUCGUGUUCCGCACCAAGUGGCUCCAGACGAGCAACAACGCGCUUCUUGUCAGCUUGGCCGCCAGUGACCUCCUCAAGUGCUCCGUGGACACGCCGCUCUUGCUCGCCUCGUUCGUGCGAUCCGCGGAAAACAACCGGCCGCCGGUGGCCGCAUGCGCCCUGCAGCAGUUCACCUGGGUCUUGUGCAGCUGCGUGCAACUGCUCACGGUGGCCAGCAUCAGCGUGGAGCGCUACCACGCCAUCUCGUUCCCCUUCCAAAGCGAGCGCAGGAGAGCCCGCGUUCGCAUCUGGAUCCUGUUCAUCUGGCUAUGCGGCCUCGUAUUGGCCGGAAUAGCCCUCACUCUCUCCAAGCAAUCCCUCUUUUACGCGCACUGCCGGCCACCCGUCCCUCCCAGCGACGCUCAUCCGGAUCCGUUCGGACCUUACGUUUUGGUACCCAUAUGGGGGCUGUCUCUCACCGUGAUCGUCAUUCACUACGGGCGAAUCAUCAAACUCGUCAGGCAGCAUCGAAAUAAGGUGUUCAGUCGAGGUAUUCGAGUGAUGCCCACGGUGUCUGACCACGUCUGGAGCUGUCUGGGCGAGUCGGCUUCAGCACCCCGGUCAGCACCGCCGCUGGCCGGCUGCCGGGCGGGGCACUCGGUGUCCGGGGAGUCGUGCUCGCCCCCCGUGGCCGCAGGAGCCCGCGGGACACUACCGGAUAUCGUGGGGGCGGUGUGUCUUCGGACGCCUGGAGCCAGGGAACGAGGGAAGAAGCAGGUUGAGGGCAAACUGGCCAAACGCGUUGGCUACAUUAUUAUCGCCUUCACGAUUUUUUGGCUCCCCAUGGUGGUUAUUUUGCUCAUGAAACGCCUCGUCGCGCGGCCGGACACCGACAAAUUACUGCUGGAGAUGGAGACAUCGGCUAUGGUGCUGACCUGCGUGCAAGCUGCAGUGGAUCCGCUCAUCUACACUUUGGUCACCAGACAGUUUCGCGAUGAACUUAGCAAGAUAUUCUCGUCUAUCCGAAAGUGUCCACUGAAAUUUCCAAGCAAGAUUUAAAAGGAAACCGCUGUUUGCAAAAAAAACUCAAAUAUGUUGCAUUUGCUCAGAUUAAACCAUGACCAAAGAGGUUAAAAAAAAGUCCACAGACCAUAAAUGUGGCAGAUAUAGAUGUUUUAUCAGGCUUUUCACAGUUGGGACACAAGACAAGGUCAUAAAUAAUAUCAAACACGACAAGAUACGCACAGCAAUAGUCUUAACAACGACAGGUGGCAUAGGAGGGCAAAGCAAAAAGUGAGAAGAAAACCGAUUGCUUUUGCAGAAGACAAAUGAGACUACAUACAGUAACAGAGAAAGAGAGCGCCAAACAAAA